UUAAAAACCAUUCAAUAUCUUUUUUAUUCAAUAAAUAAAAUAACCCAUCUUUGUUUACAAAGAUUACAAAGUAGAUAAAUGCCUUAAUUAUUUCCCUAACCUAAAUAAACUAAUUUAUCAUAUACAUUUUCACUUCUUGUAUGCAUCCUUGCUUCAAUGCAAUAACAUACUAAUUAAUCAUUAAAAGUAAUUCUCCAUGAGUUCUAGAAAUUUUUUAAUAACAAAUUUAACUUGUACACUUGGAUAUGAGUCUAUUUUAUUACACUAUAAAUUAUCCCUUGUUCCAAUCAAUAUAAUAAAAUAAUAGUUUCCUUGUUAGCUAGGCAAUACAAAGAAGAUCAAGCUUGAGGUAAUAAGUUUAGUGAGGAUUGGUGCCACUUGUUGAUUCCCAGAGGGGAAAAGGACAAAUUCAUGUUCUGGUUUCCAGGAAGCAACCCAAUUGGUCAACACAUAAUUGGAGGCUUUGUUUGUUCCCAUCCUUUAUUAUUUUCAUUUUUAACUACCUUUGUUCUGAUCUGAAUUCAACACUUCCCCCAAAGCCAGUAAUGCUGUCCACCUUGCUGUUCUUAAUUAGAUCAUCUUGGCGGAAUAGGAAUCUGACUGAGGGGGCUAAUGUGAACCGUGAUAAUUGGUAGAGGGAGACUAUGGCCUUAUCGAUUAUUCUGAUUUUUUUUAAUUUAUCACAAAUUUUAUACAUAAUUUCAUAUAUAUUUCAAAUUUGAGAGAGACUACAGUCUCUCCUAACUUCAACCUAGCUCCUCCACUACUUUAGUUUGCAAAGAACAGACUUUGUCGUGAUAAUGCAUUCUACCACCACUUGGAAUGUUGACAUCAAUGUUGCUUACAAUGCAUUAUAAUCAAUAAUUGUACUCUCUACUAUAGUCUAUGGUGGCUAUCAAUUACCGUUCAUGAGUUGGUCGGUAACCAAACUAGUAAAAUUAGUUAAUAAUGUUAUCCGAGAAUUUGUAAGAGAACUUCUAGUCGUAUAUCACAUUUGGUUAGUACAUGUUGUGUCAAAGUUACAAUUAACCAAUCAUAUAAUGUACUCUAAGCAAUAAAACAUACAUUUAUUGCUCGGAGUAUAUUUACAAAUUGCAUCACAAAAUGUACAAGUAUACACCAAUAACUUUCUCCAGAGCCUCAAACUUAUUGAAAUUCCCGCCAACACAAACUGGACUUUUGAGAAAGAAGAGAAGGGUCCAUACACAUUCAGAUUCAGGUUUGAAAUCAGUAGACCCAUAUGCAUGUUUCAGAAGUGUCUUUAUGCAAAUAUCUGUCUUCGCAGUAACAUUGGGCUCUGAAACCUAUCCCCGUACGUUAAAACUCUGCCCACCUCCCAACUAAGCAAAUCAACAAAAAUAUUUUGGGAUUUUUAUCUCAAGGGAGAAGUAGUUGAAUAGUGGCAUGAAAAUCAACAUGAAAAACCAAAUGAAAGGGACACCAAGGCAAGGCUAGGCUCCAAGACAUAGAUGUUGGUAUGGUGUGCUCUUUGUCAUGAAAACUGCGAGCAAACAAUAACGAAUUGAAGCUGUGAUCGGAUCACUCUUUUUAGAGUAUUAUUUGACCUCAAUACGAAAUGUUAGUAGGAACUAGGAAACAGACUAAUCACUUUUAUGAGUCCCUACCAUAAAAGUCUGGAAGCAGUAAUCUUUUGGACUUCUGUGUUUGUGAUUUUGAGCAAGAAAACUUGGAAGAAGAAAAAAAAAACGCUGGAAAUGAAUUCUGGCAGCACCAAACUACUUUGAGCCCCUCAUUAGUAAACAUAAGUAGUCACUUGAUUAUUUUUGUCUUUACUAGGAUAAACAUUAAAACAGGCUCCUCUCAAAAAAUUUCACCUCAAAAUCGCGAAUAGAUCGCAUACUCACCCGUAUCAGAGACCAACCAUUCUUUGGUUCGUUGUUUACACUUUACCCAACAUAUCAGAUAGCUAGCCAAUAGCGACACCACUAGAUUGAAACAUUGAAAUUGGCAAAGAAUGAGCAUAUGAAAAAUGCAAGCAAAUCUUCAUUAGUAGUCUGGUGACUAGUUAAUUAACAGUGUACAAUACCCAAAUCAAAUGUACGUGUCGGUGAUCAUGUUGUGCCAUAUCACAUACUUUAUUUCAUUGAUUAAGAAGAUGAUUUGUGCGCGUUAAGGCCAUUGAAAUGCAGGUUAAAGUUACGCAUUAAACAAUGACGACGCAGCAGGGACAAAAUUAGGGUCAAAGGAUGAGCAUUAAUAUUCUUGAUAGUAAUUAGGGAACAAUUUAGCAUAGGCAACGUGGUUAAUGAUGAAUGCUUUAUACUUUCUUGCCGAUUUCACGUGUGAGCCCAUUCUCGACUUCCAAAGAAUGCCUACUUUUGUUUCAUUUUGCAUUUCACCUCCACGAAGUAAGCUGAAUACUUAGCCAAAAAACUCCCUUUUACUAAAUAUAUGGACUUUAUUUGAUCAUGAUAUUAUUAUAGUGAAAAAACUAUUUACCAGUUCUCCUCCAAAGAAACAAGUAAAACUCUACUUAUCAAGUACACAACAUUGAUUAGAUUUAGAAAUUCAAACCAGGAAGAGUUUAGAUAAGCAGUUAGCACAUCUUCCAUCCACCAGUAACCUAAUCAACUUUGGAUUUGUAAUUACUUACUCUUCUAUUUUUCAAUUAAAUGCUUUUAUUUAAGGGUGGGAAUCAAUCGAUUCGAUUCAAAAUAUAUUGAAUCGAUGUAGACAUGUAGUAUCAAUACCAAAAUCAUGUUUGUUUUAUUUGGUUCGACUAGAUCCGAUCGAAACUUAAUUCCAGCUCACUUUUUCUUCGUACUUCAAAUAAUCUAUACGUACGAAACUGUAUCUAUAGUUGAUUCACUUCAAUCCAAAUAUCAAUUCAACACAAUUUAGUGUGGUGUAGACCAUCGUUCUCCACCCCAAUUUUUUUUUUUUUUUUUUGUAGAAGUUGGAGGAAUGCAAUGAAUGGCAGCCAACCAUGCCAGCUACUCUGAAGCCCAGAAAAAAGAAGCCCAAUCUCUUGAUAGUCCAACCCGCAAUGCAGCAAACAGUACACAGCCCAACUUGACUUGGGUCUGGCCCUAAUGCAGGACCCUUUUUCUUGUGAGCUAAGAAACAAAUAAUCGGAUAACAUAGCUGUAAUGUAACAGCUCAAUAACUAAAAACAGAUGAUAAGCCAAGAUUCCAUAAUCUUAGAUUAAUCGUUAUAAUACACGAUAAUUAAAAAAAGUCAUUAGAAUGGUUCAAAGAAGAUAUAUGGCCAACUUAAAUAAGGAAGAAAGUAAGAUCACUUUGGGAUAAUCUUUAAUCACUAUAAUAAUUCCAUGAAGUACAUAAUCUGUUAGGGAGAUAUGAUAUAUCUAAGGAGUAAUUAUCAAAUAAAAACCUGUAUUAAUCACUUAGACCAUAGUGUUAGAAUUUAGAAGGCAUAAGGAUCUUAACUGUGAUGAACUAGUAAAAAUUAACCAAUGUACUCUCUGGCAAAAUGGUCGAACCAACAAGUGACAAAUAUCCAAAUCGCCCAAAAAAAUGUUGAUGCAAGAGGGUAGCCUGAAUUUUUGUAUGGUGAGCUCAAAAUAUUUAUAAAAAUAUGUGAUAAAAACUAUAAUAUUGUUAUUAGCAGUCAAACGAUUCAGAACAUAACUUUCAAUUCAUCCUACAAUAAUAACAAUUAUGAUUCAUAUACUCAAGGAGAAUUAAAGGUAGGUUACAAGUUUCAAGGAGAAAAGUUGGUGAAGAAGAGGAAAAAUUAAAAAUUAAAAUCUGUUAUAUACAAUUGAACAAAAUUAUAUCUAACAAAACUACAUGUGCCUUAGUGAAAAAAAUGCUAAAUAUUAUUGUUUAUGUAUCAAUUAUAAUGUAAUGAUAUACAAUUGAGCUUUAUUUCAUUUCAAAAAUUAGUUUUAGUUCAUUGAAACAAAAUAGUAAUUAAUACUUUCAACUAAUUAAUAUAUCUAUUUUUACUCAAAUCUCCCAAAUAAAAUGUGUUCCCACUCUUAGAUCUAUAUGAUUCUAAUCUUAAUCCGCCUCAAAGUUGAUGUAGUUUUAAGAGGAAAAAGAAAGAUGAAACCUUUCAUACAAAAAUUAGGACUUAACCAAGAUUCAAAAACCUACUAGAGGUAAACUAUAAACUGAAAAAAAAAACCGGGUUAAAAUACUCUGAUUAGAUCAACUAUAAACUGAAAUCAAUCUUUAACUUCUUAUAUACAUUCUUGAUUCUUUCACCAGAAAAAGAAAACUUCUUAUAUCCAUAAGAGGCUUAUCUUUGCCAAAUUCUCCUGCUAAUCUUGUUUACACGAUUGAUUUAUUAUCAUACUAUAAUAAUUAUAUUUUUAUCAUUUGAGAUGAUGAUUAUCCUGGCUUACCUAUUUUAAUUUGUUGGGCUUGGGCACUUCCUCAUUGACUUGAAGUCCGUGAAGCAUAACUAUCGGUUAUCGCGAUCAUAGAAGUGCGGGCGUCACAGCGCUGAAGAAGAGGCAGAAGCAAAAGCAGGCAUCUUCCCCUUUUCGUUGCUUCGCAGGUUUUGUCUGGCUUCCACCGAAACAAUCUGCGCUUCUCCAUCGCGAAGAAAGAUCAUCGAGAGAGCUCAAUCCCGGAAGCAACAACACUAGGUUAGUUAGAUCGCCCGAUUCCCCCCUGAUUUCUAUCCAUUUCAUCAUGUGAUGAUGUCCUUUUAGUUUUAGGCGCACUAUCUUUUCACUCUUUUUGUUUGUAUUCCACUCAGAGCUGGAGAUUUCCUGUCCAUAAUUUGAUUUUUUAUCCACUUCGUAUCUUUCCCCCUUACCAAGGAAGUAGGAACCCCGUUUAGGGCGCGCGGCUCUCUUUAUUUUCUUCCUUCUGUUUUCUCUUCCCCCCUCGUUGCGGGUUUGGGGUUUUUGAUUGUUUUGGCCAUCUGGGUACCUUUUAAUCGUAUCUAAGUUUUGAGCUUUUGACGCUGGCAUGAUGGUUUACGGUUCUUGAGUGGUGGGUUUUUGAUUGAUUGAGUGUCCUGCGCGCCGAACUGAACUUUCAGUUCGGUAAUGGCUCGGUUGUUGAUGAUUCCUCCUUGCAAAAAUUCGUGUUUUCCGAAGACCAGUCUCUUGAGUUUGUUCUCCUCGGCUCCUCUCCAGGCUACAAGCCGAGCUAGUUGUUUAAGGACUUCUUUGAGAAGUGCAUCUAGUCACAGGCAGCUUCUUCGUUCUGUGGUCUCAUUUCAAAGAAAUUAUAAGUUUCCGCAUCCCGGAUUAUAUAGUGCUACACAACACAGUCGGAGGCUAAUUUGUUCAGUUGCUACAGAACCAAUACUCCAGCAGACCAGAGAGGCCAAAAUGGAUGCACCGAAAGAAAUCUUUCUGAAGGAUUAUAAGUUACCUGAUUAUUACUUUGAGACGGUUGAUUUGGGCUUUGCUCUUGGCGAGGAGAAAACACUUGUUAACUCAAAAAUAACCGUGUCCCCAAGAGUUGAAGGUUCCUCGUCCCCGCUGGUUUUGGAUGGGCAUGAUUUGAAGCUGCUCUCUAUUAAAAUCAAUGGGAACGGACUGAAGGAUGCAGAUUUUCAAGUGGAUUCCCGCCACUUGACUAUCCUGUCACCUCCAAGCGGGGCAUUCACUUUGGAAAUCAUCACUGAGAUAUAUCCUCAGAAGAACACUUCACUAGAUGGACUUUACAAAUCAACUGGGAACUUCUGCACUCAAUGUGAAGCGGAGGGUUUCCGGAAAAUCACAUUUUUCCAGGAUCGUCCAGAUAUAAUGGCCAAGUACACAUGCCGAAUUGAAGCUGAUAAGUCACUGUACCCAGUGUUGCUGUCUAAUGGAAAUCUUUUAGAACAAGGAGAACUCGAUGGUGGUAAGCAUUAUGCUCUUUGGGAAGACCCCUUCAAGAAACCAUGUUACUUGUUCGCUUUAGUCGCUGGACAGCUGGAGAGCAGAGAUGACACUUUUGUCACCCGAUCUGGUCGGAAUGUGCAGCUCAGAAUCUGGACCCCUGCAGAAGACUUGUCCAAGACUGCACAUGCUAUGUAUUCACUUAAGGCUGCAAUGAAAUGGGAUGAAGAUGUUUUUGGUCUUGAGUAUGACCUGGACCUCUUCAAUAUUGUUGCUGUCCCUGACUUCAACAUGGGGGCUAUGGAGAAUAAGAGUUUGAAUAUAUUCAAUUCCAAGCUUGUCCUGGCGUCUCCCGAGACUGCCACAGAUGCAGAUUAUGCUGCUAUUUUGGGUGUUAUUGGUCAUGAGUAUUUCCAUAACUGGACAGGCAACAGGGUGACUUGUCGAGACUGGUUCCAGCUCAGUUUAAAGGAAGGUCUUACUGUAUUCAGAGACCAGGAAUUUUCAUCUGACCUGGGAAGUCGUCCUGUGAAGAGGAUUGCUGAUGUUUCUACACUUCGCAAUUAUCAGUUCCCACAGGAUGCUGGUCCCAUGGCGCAUCCUGUUAGACCUCAUUCUUACAUAAAGAUGGACAAUUUCUAUACAGUGACGGUGUAUGAAAAGGGUGCUGAAGUUGUCCGGAUGUACAAAACCUUGCUGGGAACCCAGGGGUUCAGAAAGGGCAUGGAUCUUUACUUUAAGAGGCAUGAUGGUCAAGCUGUAACCUGCGAAGAUUUCUUUGCUGCCAUGAGGGAUGCAAAUGGUGCUGAUUUUGCGAACUUCUUGUCAUGGUAUUCCCAAGCUGGUACGCCAACCGUGAAAGUUGCUUCAAGCUAUAAUGCAGAAGCCAAGACUUUCUCUUUGAAGUUCAGUCAGGAGGUGCCACCUACUCCUGGACAGCCAAUCAAAGAACCUAUGUUCAUUCCUGUGGCAUUAGGCAUGCUGGACUCGAGCGGGAAGGACUUGCCUCUUACUUCUAUCUUUCACGAUGGAAUGUUGCAGUCAAUUUCAAGCAAUGGCGAACCAGUCUACAGUACUGUGCUUAGGGUGACCAAGAAAGAAGAGGAAUUUAUUUUCUCCGACAUAACCGAAAAACCAGUUCCUUCUCUGUUUCGGGGUUAUAGUGCUCCUAUCCGUCUUGAAGCCGAUCUUUCAGAAGCUGAUUUGUUCUUCCUCCUUGCUCAUGAUUCAGAUGAAUUCAACCGGUGGGAGGCUGGGCAACUCUUGGCCAGGAACCUGAUGCUGACCCUAGUGGCUGAUUUCCAACAAAAUAAGCCAUUGGUUUUGAAUCCCAAGUUUGUUCGAGGGCUGAAAAGCAUUCUUACUGACUCGUCUUUGGAUAAAGAAUUUAUUGCUAAGGCAAUUACUCUGCCUGGUGAAGGUGAAAUAAUGGACAUGAUGAAAAUUGCAGACCCCGAUGCUGUUCAUGCAGUCCGUUCCUUCAUCAGGAAGCAGCUUGCUUCUGAACUGAGAGCUGAACUUCUGACCACUGUCAAGAACAACAGCAGUUCUGAAGCAUAUGAGUUUAACCACCCAAACAUGGCUAGGAGGGCACUGAAGAACAUUGCUCUUGCAUAUCUGGCUUCACUUCAAGAUGAGGAGUCAGCCGCGCUUGCACUCAAUGAAUACAAGUCUGCCACAAAUAUGACAGACCAGUUUGCAGCUUUGGCAGCCAUAGCUCAGAACCCUGGUAAAACUCGGGAUGAAGUGUUGGCUGACUUCUACAGCAAGUGGCAGGAUAACUUCUUGGUUGUGAAUAAAUGGUUCUCCCUUCAAGCCUGGGCAGAUAUUCCUGGGAAUGUGGAGAACGUUCGGAAUCUCCUGAAUCAUCCAGCAUUCGAUUUACGUAAUCCAAACAAGGUAUAUGCUUUGAUUGGAGGAUUUGCUGGGUCCCCAGUCAACUUCCAUGCUAAGGAUGGUUCAGGCUACAAGUUCUUGGGUGAGAUGGUGGUCCAACUCGACAAAAUCAACCCUCAGGUGGCUUCCCGCAUGGUUUCGGCCUUCUCGAGAUGGAGGCGAUACGAUGAGACCAGGCAGAACCUUGCCAAGGCGCAGUUGGAGAUGAUAGUGUCUGCCAAUGGACUGUCGGAGAAUGUCUUCGAGAUUGCUUCUAAAAGUUUGGCUGUCUGAUCUUUUUGACGACGCAGACCAAAUUCCACGGAGAUGUUAGAGUUUAAAGAACAAUUUGUUUCGUUUGGGAGAUGGUGAUUCUACUUUGAGUUUUACGCAAGACAAAAGUUUGGUCAUGAAUUUGGUUUCUGAAGUAAUAAUGAUGAAGUAAUAAUAGUAGUUAAGCUUUCUUUGGGUUUUCAUUGGACCGUCGAGGUUGUUGGCCCAUUUCUGUUGAUGGGGCCUUGGGCUUUUUAACUAUCUGUGGCCCACCUUAGCUCCUAUAUCUUUCUAUGUAGGUAAUCCUCCAGUGGGUUCGGUGGGCCCACCUUGACCCACAGUCCUCAUCUCGUCAAAAGUUAAAAACUAUCAAAUUCGAGCUAAAUGUCGAUGGAUAGCACUCUAUUGGGAUAAUCAAUAAAAUCAUGAUUUCACCGUAUAACUUUCUUUUCAUGUAUGUCAUUUGGUUAAAAUCGUCGUAAUGAGUAUUGUAUCAUCUAUAUACUAUUCAAUAUAACACGAUCCAAAUGUUGAGUUUGGCUGUAACACCAUCUGCGAUCAUGGAGAUAAUACCGAUGGAUGAUAUCACCUUUCAAUAAUGAACGAAACAAACCCUAAUGAAACAAGUUUUGGGUGGGCAUGCAUAACGUGGACGAAUAGAACUUAGUUUGAAAUGGGUAAUAACAACAACAUAAAAUGGAAAGAGUAACAAGAAUAUCAACCCAAAUAAUGAUGUUUACCGAAAUUUUAUGGCUUUCUCGCACCAUUUGAGGCAGAAAAGGGAAGAAGAGUAUGGGACACUGCAAAAGUGACUUACCUAUAAUGUAAACCUAGCUUUAUGUUAAAACACUUUGAACCACAACAUAAUGGAAGUUGACUAGAAAGGUUUGACGUGACAUAAGAAGAUUUUCCUCUCCUAGCAAUAAUUGGAGGAGGCAGUGAGCAACAAUACGAGAAAACGAGUAUGCAUUAUCUCUUGCCAAAUCGAGGAUUGUUAAAACUUGCAAAAAGAUAAAAAAGAAAACUUAAAGAACUACAUGCUAUACUAUAAUUACGAUGGGGAUUUUGGUGCAUAUAGCAUUGUUCAUCAUCAAGAAUUUUCUUCUUCUCAAAGUAGUUGUAAAAGUUGAAACUAAAAAAAUACUGUAUCUGUUCAUUUUUAUCAUCAUGUCUUACCAUUUGAGCCCAGCUUAAUUAAAGUGAUGUAAUAUUAUGAUUGUAACUAUCAUUAUUAGUAUAUGGGAAUGCGAGUUUGGGAGAUAUGGUGCUAUGUUUUAGGUCAAAAGGUAAUAAGUAGCCCACCGGUUUCUAUUAUCAUGGUCAUUAUGAUAAUAUAUGCAAUCUUAUAAUGACACUUGUUCAGUCAUCUUUCUAAUCCUCUUUUUUGACUCGACUCCAUCUUUCUUAUUCAUUUGCUCACCAAAGUAGCUUGUUCAUGCUUUUGUUUAUUAGAGUGAAGGAACAGCGGCAGAAUGCGUACUAUCGACAGAGCACUUAGGAGGUUGAUAAUGAAGUCAUAAUUACCUCACUUUUUUUUUCAUUCAUUAACAAGUAGUUUUAAAAUAUGGUUUCCUUGACAAGUAAGAUGUCAUACAUCAAAUACAGAUUUGGUCGCGAGUGAUCAUGCAAACUUCUUUAGACACGUGUCUGUCUAUAUAUCUCGUACAAUGUACUUCUUUAAUCGUAAACAUAUUUUACUUCCUCGUUAUACUCCUUAAGAUGCAGGUGUACUCUUGUAACUUAAUAGUCUCAUAACUUAGACAUAAUCAUGUUUCAAACAUAAAAUGGAAUUGAAGAGCUCAAUCAAAUGCUGCUGGACUAGUAUAGGGCUAUAAAGAAUUUGAAACAAAUGUAUUUCAAUUAAGCGUCUUCCUCGCGCACCCUAUGAUAAAAAAACUUCUUAUAUAUAUGACAAUUCAACACAUACGUAACAGAAAAUAGACUACACAAUGAAAUGAUUGGUGGGACAUUGGCUCUGGACAAAAUUUACUCAUCAUGCUGAUAAAAUCAUGUCCAUGUCUUUGAUGCAGUUUGAAUGAAUCUACAAAAGGGAAGAAAUAAGUAAAAUUGGGACACAAAUGUGUCGACGUUGAUAGCCUAGCCUUAGCUAGUCAAUGGCAAAUCUAACAUUUCAGUAACUUAAUGAUCAUCUCAAGGCCGGUUCAAAGGUUGGUUAGAGGGAAACAGAAAACAAAGAUGAAUUAUGAGAGAACCUAAAAGACCCUUUUAUGGCAUGUGAUGGUGGGCUAGGCUGAGGGACGAGAAAAGAAAGGAGAAACGAUCGAAGACGAAGAGACCAUUUUUUUUUCUAGGGUUUCUAGCUAGAGGAAAGGUGGGUUUGACCAAGUUUCACCCAAGAUCAAAGUAACACCCAGAUGUGCUCUUAAUUUUCCAGUCCAUUCACAAGAUAUCAAAUGGCUAAUGAACAAAUGUAUGUGAUAGUUUCAACUUUGAAGUAUAAUUUUCAAAUUUUUUUUUUUUUUUUACAGUGGUCUGCUGGGGAGGGGAAAUUUCUAGGUUGAAAAUUGGUAAAGAGAUCGAUGGCUGGAUAAAACACUUAUUCGUAAUAUAAUUUGUGUUGCUUCGAGUGGGUGAAUAUUGUUAGAUGGAUAACAAAUGCUCACAUUUUCUAUAGUUAGAUCAUUGUUCCAAGUUCAUUAAAAAAAGUUUAGUGUAUAAAGGUUUGUGUACCAUUGUACAAUUUAAGAAAUUUUUUAAUUUGAAUCAAAUGUUGACGUGAUUGAGGAAACGUUGGUGACAAUCGGAGUUAUCUUUGAGAUAAUUUAGGUUUUCUGAUUGUCGAAUUGAUGCAUUGUGAUCCAUAGAUGUAUUAUGCUAGGCAUGUAUUGAUGGAUAUGGUGUAAUGUAGAUUACAUCAUUUGGCAUUUGUUGUUGUAUUUUCAAUAAUCGAAAAUGAAAGUCACUUUUCAACGAAAAUGUUACUUGUACGCGGUUGUACCCCCUUCUUUUCAAUGCAUAAUGUACUUUUUAAAUGACAAAAAUGAAACAAAAUUGGAAAACUCAACUGAACAAGUCCAACAAUCUACUGUAAAAGUUGAGUUGUACAAUGAUUAUUGAUCACAAAUCAAGCAAAUAAUAUGUGCACUCCUACUCUAAGUGAAUAAAAAUAUAAACGAAAGAAAAUAACUCUUAAAAAAGGGGGCCAUAAAAAUUUCAAAAAACAAUCCUAAAAACCAAACCACUUCAGCAUCUUGGAUUACAGUAUUGUCGUAAAAGACAAGACCAUAUUUAAGAGUUGAAUAAUUACUUAAUUAGGGAUUUGCGGUCGUAAUUUACAUCACAAUCAUAAGUCAAAUCUAGAAACACAAGGUAGAUAGAUAUAUGAUGGAUGGUGGCGGGAAGGUAGGUGGUAUCGUGCAAGUUAGUUUACAAAAAGUUUGGCGGGGAAACCGUGGUAGGCCCACGAUGAAUUAUGAUGGGGAUUAAAUUAAUGAAAGUGCUCUAGCUAAAGGUCGAACCCUUUUCUCUUUAAUCAAUAAGCAAAUUAAAUUAAAAUAUUUCCAUUAGAUACAGAUAUUUUUAGUUUGGAUUUUCUGUUGUUUUGAUCCAAAUGACUGAAAUUUCGUUUUCACUUUUCAACAAUACUUAAAAUUUCAUGGCAAAUAUAUAUAUUUUUUUUAAUUUAAGUAGUUCAAUUUAAGCGACGACUCUCAACGUAUAUGGAGAAUUCUACUACGGUCUAUUUCACAUGUGACUAAUGCAUUUAGUAACUUGGGUGAACUAGAAUUUUUUACCAAUGACUUUUUUUAAUUAAAUUGCUCUUAUUACGUAGAAUUUAGAGAUUCAUUCGAGUCUAGACUGUCACGAGUUAUUGUGGUAAAAAAUACAUCAGUUAACAUUUUAUUUUUAUUUCAAAAUACAUCAAAGUAAAUGUCAUUUUAAAAUUCGAGUAAAAUGAAUAGGACAUAGCCCAUUACAUUUUAAUAGAAAUAUAAUAAUGCAAAUGCAAGAGUCUGCUUCCCUUAAUUUAUUAGGUGUAGCAUACCUUUUUUUUUGGGUGUGUUUUAGCAGUUUAUAUGACUUCAUUGUUUUGAUGUGUAUUGAUAUGGCAUCUUUUGGCCGUAUCAAUUGAACUCCAUCCGCAUGCCCUCUCGUAAGAGUUAAAUUCACGAAGGUUUCGACACAAUACUUUUUUUAAAAAAACAGAGUGUUUAAAGUGUGUUUUAACUUUUAUUUAUCAAAUUAAGCGAGAAGUACCGAUCUCGAGAAGAUCAUGGACUCAUGGUACAACCAAUAGAGAAUUGCACUAUUAAGUGCAUCGAAAAUGUGGGUUCCCCAUAACUAGAGAGUGGCCCAAAGAUGCAAGCUAAGUAAAUCAGCAACAAUAUUAGCCUCUCGAUACACAUGUUGGAUCCUAAACCUCCUAGCAUAGGGCUAACCACUGGUGGAUGUUUGGUACACAUGCACAAUGAGAUUUGGCUAUAAAAGAGUCCGUCUUUAGGAGAACUUUUCUAGUUACAAAUUCCCAUGUAAGUCAUAGAUCAUGCACAAUUCUAGCUAGCGCCGCACGGGUAAUAAAAUCUCAUUCAAUGUUUCACUGAACAAGCUCUAAUGAAGUAACUAUCAUCACCCCUUACGAUGCCACCAAUUGUGGUGCUAUAAGGAACAAUUGAUCAAUCAUUGUUCAAACAUGUCCACUCCUAUCGCUAUGGUCUAAUUUCAUCUUUCACGAAGUCCCCCCCAGCUGCAAAGACAUGGUUCUUCGUCUUGAAAAUUGUCUUGAUUUGUUGCCCCGAUACCUCGCUUGAUAAAUAAAUUAUAUGUUU